AUGAUUGAUGAAAGUACACCUGACGAACUUUGUAAAAGUUUGUGCUGUGAAAAUGACAUAUUAGAUGUAAAAUGUUUAGCAAGAAUGUGCCCUUUGUGUAAAGAUAAAGAGCUCCGAAUUGUAGAAUUUGAGAACGCAGAAAAUGUAGUUUUUGAGCGAUGGACUGUACAAAAACACAAACUGAUGAUUAGAGGCAAAGAAAAAAUUUGUAAGAAGACUAUUAAAGAAAAAGUUUACACUACUAAAGAAAUACUUUUACAAACGCUCAAAUCUUCUAUAAAAGACUUUCUGUUGCACGUAAGAAAUAUCCAACAUCAAUAUGGUGUUAUCAAACAGUUGAAAAACAAUCUUGGAACUGAUGAAGUUUUGAUCCAUAUGGACUUUUCGGAAAAUUAUUCCUGCAAAUACGCAGAAGAAGUUCAAUCUGCUCAUUUUCGGGGAUCCAAACUUCAGUUAUCAUUGCACACAGUAGUAACUUACCACAAAUCAGAUAUAGAUAGACAAGUUACAACAAAUUGUUUUUGUACAGCAUCAAAAAAUUUACGACACGAUAAAGUUGCUAUUUGCGCGCAUUUAAUGCCUGUUAUUGAUAAAUUAAAAGAAUCUUAG